AUGGAAAUAAUGAGGCGUGGUCGAGUUAUUUUGAAAAGAAGAUCGCUCCCCUACUCGUCUUCUACCUCUGUCGGUGGAGCUUCCCCUGCAAAUCUCCGACCCCGUCCUUCUCGCAGAGGAUCUUCUGCUGUCCGACCUGCUUCCUUUGCCCGUCCCACUCGUCCCCGGACUGCCCGUUCACCUCGGCAUGCCGUCAAUAUUAGUCCCCGGGCCGCACCUACAGCCCGACCAUUCACCCCGACCCCUCUUCAGUCUGUUAAUCCACCUCGAACUACUUAUAUCCAUGGUCGUGGCCUUAGUCGAAGAUCAACCAAUGUACCCUACGCCAGCCCUGCUUUUAGAGAAGCUUCUCAAGUGGCUCGUCAAGCAUGCUCUAUAAACGACCGCUUGAAUCGUGACGCCCCUUCUUCUUCUCGGCAUAGGUCUCGGCUACCAUCUGAAGAUUCUGACUCGGAUGAUCAACCGUUGGCUCAAAGACUUCGCCGUCGAGCCCCUCCUUCGGUGCCAGAUUCGGACCCUUCCACUAUCCCUUCUCCUUCGCCUCCGGUUGCAACCGCCUCUCCUCCUUCGCCUCCUAUCGCGACCCCGACUCCUAUCUUGAGCCAAGCAGAUGUUCGGCCUGAUCCCUUCACAGUUCUGGUUGAGCCUCCGCCAGCUCAACCUUCUCCGCCAGCUCAACCUUCUACCUCGCAGUAG